GUGUCAUUAAAAUUUAUGGAAGUCAUUUCUAAAAAUCAACGUCGACGACCCGGUUGGAUUUAGCUGCAGUAAAUGAUCGAAUGCGUUUCAGACUGCGUCAUUUCAGGAUCUUGAAAAGAAAAAACCUCUGGCGAAAUAUAAGGAAUUAAACACGUGCCCAGGGUAUGCAGCCGAAAUUAUAAUUCUUCUUAUUGCUUAUAAAAGAUAGAACAUUAGCGAAACACAAACCUGGAUGUCUCGUCAUUCAACUUGACAAUAAACGUCAAUCGGACAUGUCGAAAGAAAAAAUCUUCAGUGUAGCGAAAGCUACCUUCGAAGUGACCAAAAUGGUGUUGGUGGUCGCGGCCAAGACCACGUGCAAAUUGAUAAGCGUGGGGAAGGAGGAGGUGACCAAACAGUAUCGCGAAUACUACCAAAAGGCAACCAACCAGCAGCAGGAGGCUAUCGACAAACUGGGCACGAGUUUAAAACAAGUUUUGGAUAGGGGCGCCAAAGGCACGUCGAACGAUUCGAAGCUGAACGCGGGUGCGUCCAAAAAAGGCAAUGACGAUAAGUCCAACGACAAAAGAAUGUGAUUGUGUUAGUCAUUCGAUCAGGUUUAGAAGCUCCUUGACAAUAAACA